CUGCAACGCUGUUUGAGAGAGAUAGGUAGAGAGAGAUACAAACGACAAAAAAAAGUGUGUUUGGUAAAGAAACAUACUCCAUAUUCAGAAGAAGAAGAAGCUGCUUUAAAGCGCACAGCCGACACGGCUCGCUCGAUUGAGAUUAUCAGCGGAAGAAGAGAAUGUAUGGAGAUUGCCAGGUUCUGUCGUCACCAACAGUGGGAGGCCGAGGGCACCCUAUUUCAUCAGAUAACUCGUCUCUCCACAACUCCUCCUCCAUCCAAAACCCCAACUUCAGUUUCAUGGCCAAUUUCACCAGUUUCUCCCCGAUUCUCCAGAAAGAAGAAACCGCGAUGGCGAAAAGCAAAGAUGAAUUAGUGGAAAGCGGCUCCGGCAGCGAGCACAUCGAAGGAGCGUCGGGAAAUGAGCAGGAGGAGGCGGAGCAGCUUCUCGCCGCCAAAAUCAAACGCUACCACCGCCACACUGCCCGCCAGAUCCAAGAGAUGGAAUCAAUGUUCAAGGAAUGUCCACACCCAGACGACAAACAACGCCUCAAACUCAGCCAAGAGCUCGGCCUCAAACCAAGGCAAGUCAAAUUCUGGUUCCAAAACCGCCGCACUCAGAUGAAGGGACAACAAGAUAGAAAGGAGAAUGUGGUGCUUAGGGCGGAGAAUGAGGGCCUCAAAACGGAGAAUUACCGGCUGCAGGCCACAUUGAGGAAUAUAGUAUGCCCCAGCUGUGGAGGUCCCGGUGUGCUCGGGGAGAUUGGCUACGACGAGCAGCAGCUGCGCAUUGAAAAUGCACGUCUCAAAGAGGAGUUUGAGCGCGUAUGUUGUAUGGUCUCGCAAUACAAUGGGCGGCCGAUGCAGGCAAUUGGGCCAAGCUCCGGGCUGAUGCAGCAGCAGCCUCAUUCAUUAGAACUGGACAUGGGCGUGGGCGUUUAUCCAAGAAAGCUUGAUGAAGAGCACAUGAGCAAUUGCCCUUCUGACAUGAUACCUCUUCCUUUCAUGCCCGAAAACUCCCAUUUCCCAGGCAACACUCUGAUCUUGGAAGAGGAGAAAUCUCUAGCCAUGGAGCUGGCCAUGUCGUCCAUGAAUGAGCUGCUGAAGAUGUGGCAGACAGGCGAGCCCCUUUGGGUUCGGGAAGCUGAUACUGGAAAACAUGUCCUCAAUCUUGAAGAGUAUGAAAGGAUGUUUUCUUGGUCUGCCAGCCUCAAGCAGUAUCCUCAUCAGCUGAGAACUGAAGCAACCAGAGAUACUGCUGUUGUGAUCAUGAACAGCAUCACCCUUGUGGAUGCAUUCCUUGAUGCAAAUAAAUGGAUGGAGCUUUUCCCUUCUAUCAUUUCCAGAGCUAAAACACUUCAGGUAGUUCACUCAGAGGCUCCUGGCCAUGUAACUGGUUCUAUUCACUUGAUGUAUGUUGAGCUACAAGUUCUUUCUCCAUUAGUCCCGACACGAGAGGCUCAUUUCCUCCGGUACUGCCAGCACAAUGCGGAAGAGGGAAUGUGGGCUAUAGUCGAUUUCCCAAUGGACGGCUUCCACAACGAUUACUCUCCUUCCUUUCCUUACUACAAGAGGCGCCCUUCUGGAUGCAUCAUUCAGGACAUGCCUAAUGGAUACUCAACGGUAACAUGGGUGGAGCAUGCUGAGGUUGAAGAUGGGCAGAUCAAUAAUGUCUUCAGCAGUCUAGUCAGCAGUGGUGUGGCAUUUGGGGCGCAGCGGUGGCUCGCUGUUCUGCAACGGCAGUGCGAGAGGCUUGCCAGCCUCAUGGCCAGAAACAUAUCUGAUCUUGGAGUGAUCCCAUCGCCUGAAGCACGAAAAAGUGUGAUGAAUCUUGCGCAGAGGAUGAUUCGGACAUUCUGCCUCAACAUAAGCACUUGUUAUGGCCAAUCUUGGACAGCCCUUUCUGAAUCUGCUGAUGAUACUGUUCGGAUCACUACCAGGAGAGUCACCGACCCCGGCCAGCCUAAUGGCUUGAUGCUCAGCGCCGUCUCCACCACUUGGCUGCCCUUUCAACACAAGCAGGUUUUCGAUUUCUUGAGAGACGAACGCUCCAGAGCUCAGAUCGAUGUACUCUCAAAUGGGAAUUCACUGAAUGAAGUAGCUCACAUUGCCAAUGGCUCCAAUCCAGGAAACUGCAUUUCUCUUCUUCGCAUCAAUGUUGCAAGCAACUCAUCACAAAGUGUGGAGCUGGUGCUGCAAGAGAGCUGCUGGGAUGAUUCAGGGAGCUUAGUAGCGUACGCGACAGUGGACGUGGAUGCGAUCCAGAUGGUGAUGAACGGCGAGGAUCCAUCGUGCAUCCCGGUGUUACCAAUGGGGUUCGUCAUCGUCCCAAGCACUAACAGCAACAAUGAAUCAGGAUGCCUCCUCACAGUGUGCCUCCAAGUUCUGGCAAGCACAAUGCAUAACGCAAAGCUUAAUCUCUCAAGUGUCACGGCUAUCAACCACCACCUCUGCAACAUCGUGCAGCAGAUCACCGCCCUUCUCAAUGCCGACGGUCCCUCCACCUCCCCCACCGAUAUAAAUUAAUUUGGGUUCUCAUUUUAGACAUUAACUAAUUAUUGAAGGUGAAUUAUGAUUAGGGUUAGAGUGAGUAGGAAAAUAGGAGUCAAGAGCGCACCAUAUAAGAUACAGCUCCUUGCUACUUGGUAAGGCUCAUAGUUUAUGGCCUCACCACAUAGCAAGGGUUGCUUGGUUCGGGUAUUGACUUCCUCUUAUUCAUUUAUACUAUCAAUUUCAAUAUUAAUAUAAGCGUUUCUUCUCAAAUUACUAUCCAA